UUGAUGCAAUUACGUAAAUAUUAUUGUUUUGAAUUUCAACUAGAAUCGCCAAUUUAAUGUCAAUAAGUGAGGCAAUAUUAUAGUGUGCGAUGGGGGCAUCCACUGUUUAUCAUGAGAAACAAAUAAAAGAGCUAUGUGCUCUUCAUACAUUAAAUAAUCUGUUUCAAGAUGAAGCAUCUUACAGUAAGGUUCAGUUGGACGAAAUAUGCCGCAGUUUGUCACCCAACCACUAUAUUAAUCCUCACAAGUCAAUACUCGGCCUUGGGAACUAUGAUAUAAAUGUAAUCAUAGCAGCUCUCCACAUAAAGGAAUGCGAAGCAAUAUGGUUUGAUAAACGAAAGGAUCCGUCUUGUAUUGAAACUUCGAAUAUCGUAGGAUUUAUACUGAAUGUACCAUCGAGCUAUAAGAUUGGUUUUGUUAAAUUACCGCUGCAACGGAGACAUUGGAUCAGCGUGAAAAAAAUUAAUGGAGUAUUCUGGAAUCUAGAUUCAAAAUUGGAUGCUCCUGUUCAGAUUGGAAACGAAGAUCAGACAAUGGAGUAUCUACGCAAUCAGCUUCAAAAUAACGAUAAAGAGUUGUUUGUAAUUUGCAGAAAAGAAGUAGAAAAAAAUCAUUCGUGGCUUCUUCCUCAGUUUAGACCAUAAAAGAACAUAGCUACAAAGACAACCAAAUGGAUUAUUGUUCGUUUCAAUAAUAAACAUCGUGAAUAUUAUGUGACAUGAAUUUUGAAGUGAAUCUCAAUAAACAGAAUGAAUGCCGUUUUAUUGUUUCAUGUUAAA